AUGUCUUCAAACUCUUUCAUCUUCAAUUUCAGCUCCAACUGGUUUCCUCCUUUUCGACUUGAGUAUCUUUCAAUGAGUUCCUGCAAGUUGGGUCCAAAGUUUCCAGCAUGGUUACGAACACAAACUUCUCUUAAGCAAUUAGACAUUUCGCUUUCGGGAAUUUCUGAUGCAGCUCCAGAUUGGUUUUGGAGUUUGGCUGCACAUAUGGAAGUGAUCAAUCUCUCAAACAACUGGAUCAAUGAUGACGUAACAACCGUCUUGCUAAACUCGAGGGUCAUUAAAAUGAGUUCCAACUGCUUCAAGGGCCAGUUGCCACGUCUAUCUCCAAAUGUUGAAGUGUUGAACAUGGAAAACAACACUCUUUCCGGACCUAUUCCCUCUUUUCUGUGCCAGAGGUUGAAUAGAAACAAUAACUUACAGCUUCUGGACAUGUCAAAUAACCUUCUAUCAGGUGAACUUUCUAAUUGCUGGAUGUAUUGGCAAUCAUUAACCCAUUUAAACUUGGGGAGCAAUAAGCUGUCUGGUAAAAUUCCUACUUCAAUGGGUCAUUUAACUAAUCUCAAAUCAUUGCACUUGCAUGAUAAUAGCUUCUUCGGAGAGAUACCUGUGUCGUUGCAAAACUGCAAACUAUUGAGGCUCAUUGAUUUAGGUGUAAAUGAAAUUUCAGGAGUCAUACCAAGCUGGAUGGGAGAUGUCACAACUCUAAUGGCUCUUCGCUUGAAAUCCAAUAAAAUGACCGGCAAUAUUCCUCCACAAAUAUGUCAACUUUAUUCUAUUAUAGUUCUGGACCUUGCCAACAAUAGCCUGUCAGGAACUAUUGCAAAUUGUUUGAAUUAUUUCAGUGCGAUGACUGCGAUAGAUACUUCAGAUUCUGAUUAUUCUGAAGCUUUAGAUUAUAUGUAUAACUAUGACUAUUACAUCAAUGGCUACUACGUCAAAAGCUUCUACAUUGAGGCAAUGCGGUUGGUCACAAAAGGGAGGGACUCAGAGUACAGAGGCAUUCUUAAACUUGUUAGAAGCAUAGACCUUUCAAGUAAUAGCCUGUCUGGGCCAAUCCCUCCUCAGCUAUCAAGUCUUCAUGCAUUGCGUUUUCUGAACUUGUCUUAUAAUCACUUGAUGGGAAAGAUACCAGAGAAAAUUGGGGGAAUGACAAUGUUGGAAUCCCUUGAUCUUUCGGAAAAUUAUUUGUCAGAUGAAAUUCCUCAGAGCAUGUCUAAUUUGACAUUUCUUUGUUACUUGAAUUUGUCAUACAACUACUUUUCUGGAAUAAUCCCUUCAAGCACCCAACUUCAAACCUUUGGUGAAGCUAGCUUCAUCGGCAAUGCUGAACUUUGUGGAGCUCCUCCUCUUAAAGAAUUGCACAACACAGAGAGAAUCUCAAGGUGA